UAUGUACUCGCUUGCCCUGGCUCCGGUAGAAGUGAGGAAUCAUGUUGGGAAGGAGGAAGCUCUGCGGAGGAUCUGCGUCCAUGAGCGGCUCUCGCACAUAAACAGCACCGGGGGGACGGACGGUGGAGCUCUGCGCGAGGUGGGACAGACUUUCCUGGAGGGGCGACGAUCUCACGGAAGCGGCGUAGUCUGUGUCGCAUGGACGGAUAAGAGGCAGGGAAGACAAGAAGAAGAAGAAGAAGCAGCCGAGAAGGGCAGGCGGCCGGGCCGGCGAGAGGGACACCGAGACAGCGGGAAGGAGGAUCAGCGUGUGCGGGGGGGGGGUCGAACCGAGAAGGGACCGCUCCUAGCCGGGGGAUGUUAUCCGUACUGUCGUAUGGCAGACUGGUAGCCAGGGCUGUGCUGGGCGGGCUGUCGCAGACGGACGGCCGGGACUACAGCCUGAUCAGCGCCAGCUAUGGCUUCGGCAAAGACUUUCGCAAGGGGAUCCUGAAGAAGGGGAUGUGCUACGGGGACGACGCCUGCUUCAUAGCGCGGCACAAGACCGCGGAUGUGCUGGGUGUAGCAGACGGAGUAGGUGGCUGGCGUGACUACGGCGUUGACCCCUCUCAGUUCUCCGCCACCUUAAUGAGAACCUGUGAGCGACUGGUGAAGGAGGGACGCUUCAUUCCCAGUUACCCAGUGGGCAUUCUGACCUCUGGCUACUACGAGCUUCUACAGAACAAAGUUCCCCUGCUGGGUGAGUACACACAGACGUCACGUUGUGGUGGAGUGAGUCAUGGGUCUCAUGUGAAGAGCUGCAUUCUGAGAAUUAAAGAACACCGCUACAGGAUGAUUCACUCAAGGAGCAGCACAGCCUGCAUCGUGGUUCUGGAUAGACGGAGUCACCGGCUACACACGUGUAACCUCGGUGACUCUGGUUUCCUGGUGGUCCGGGAGGGAGAGGUGGUCCAUCGCUCGGACGAGCAGCAGCACUACUUUAACACGCCCUUCCAGCUGUCUAUCGCUCCCCCUGGGGCAGAAGGGGUGGUGCUCAGUGACAGUCCCGAAGCAGCUGACAGCUCCUCCUUCGAUGUAGAGCUCGGCGACAUCAUCCUAACAGCAAGCGACGGCCUCUUUGACAACAUGCCCGACUACAUGAUUCUUCAGGAGCUCAAAAAACUGAAGACUACCAACUAUGACAGCAUCCUGCAGACUGCACAGAGCAUUGCAAAGCAAGCUCACGAUCUUGCCUACGACCCCAACUAUAUGUCUCCUUUUGCACAGUUUGCCUGUGACAAUGGUCUGAAUGUAAGAGGAGGGAAGCCAGAUGAUAUCACGGUGCUGCUGUCGAUUGUGGCUGAAUAUACAGACUAAAAGAGUGUGUGUAUCUCUGUGUGUGUGCGCGCCCGCUUCUUGGGGGGGCUGAUCCUUCCUUACCAUCUGCCUGAGUCUUCCACCUGCAGCCCUCCCAAAAUGCACUGUGUCCGCCAGGCUGAUUUGGAGAGGCCCCGCUAACACGACACACUCCCUGCUGCAGGACGUCCCCCUGUGUGACAUUUUGAUUUCUUCUUCUGUUUCGUUUGGGUGCUUGAACGGUUUAAGAAGAAGAAGCAGGCAGCUAGGCCAUUUUCAUGUUGAUCAUGAUGCAGGAGGAGCCGAGUACAAUGGGUGGAGGAAUGCAUCGUCAGUCUCCCAUGUCUCACAGUGACAGUCACUAGGGGUUUUAAAAUCUGCUGGCCCUUGUGAUUUAAAAAAGAAAAAGUGAUAUUCUAAGAGGAGUAAGCCAUGGUUUGGGGUUGUUCACAGUCGUGGACACAUCUGUCUGUGUUGUUCUCCUUGUUAAUGUCUGAACGAACCAUACAGACGGACUGAGGAGGCUGAGGCUGGGAGUGGAGGAGUCUUAACUGGGAAUGAAAAGUAAUAGGUGGUUUUGGGAAUGUUCGUUAAUUUGGUCAGAUCACAGUAAAGAGAAACUAACCCAUGUUGAAGCUCACGUGCGAAGGUUAAUCAGAUUUGGUCACUUGGUCAUGGGAUCCGUCGGUGCGCACAUCCUGAUAGGUUGUAAAUAUUUCUGUGUUUUCAGGGCUCCGCCUUGUUCUGUCGUCUUUGCUCGGUUUUAUUUAAAGCAAAGAGUUGUUUUGUUACUGUUGUGGAAGAGGUACACAUGCAUUCAUAAAUAUAUUAUUUUUCCUGUAUAGAUGUUGAUAUUGAAGUGAGCUUUACCAAUCCCACUCUUCCACCUGCUGAAAUGAACAAGAAUAUAUUUGCUCAGAUUGAUUGCUUCAGUUGUGGUAGGAAGGAGUGAAUGUGUGUGUGGUAUAGAUGUGAGGAAUUGUUGUUUGAAUAUGUGGCGUAUUCGAUGUUGAUAUUUGUUCUCUCACAAAGCUAAAGCUAGCAUCUGGGAAUGCUCGCAAUUGCAAUGAUAGGUCAGGCAUGAAUAUUAAAUGAAAAGACAUAUUUUUUUAAUGUUUGGUUUUAAAAGUAGAUAGUUUGAAGUGUCUGCUGACAUGAAGUUUGUGUGAUGGAUGAAAAAAAGGAUCCAGAUAUCUUAAAGUGAGUGAAUUGGUAUAAUUUCUCUGUUUCUUUUUCCUUCUACAUUUGUUUGCUGCUUCUCUUUUGUUAUUCAGGUGUCUGGAUGGUCAUAAUGAUUGUGUGUGUGCUGGAUUCCACCUGAUGACAUAAAUUAAAGACAUUGAUAAUACUGUUCUGCCCAUAAUAGCCUGUCCCUGUGUCAAACACCUCGCCCCAUUGGUUUGGACAAUGUCUUAUAAUUUAAAAGCGGGUGCACCAAAGACACAAUUUCGUUGUGUAUGUCAUUAUGCUUAGUUGUUAUAAAUAUCAUGCAGCAAUACUGUAAAGCCCUUGUGCUCUGAGUUUUGUGUGAUUGGCCAGAAGUGUGGGUGGAAAUGUUCAGAGGGACGUUGAAGUAUAUUUUCUAUGCUUAAAGUUGUUUGAGAGUAAAGGUUGCAUCAUAUUUCUGGUUUAAGUUAUAGGUGAGUGGUUGUCUCUAACAAAGUCUAAGACCGGUUUAUAAACCAAAGAAGGAAAGCCAUAUAUAAAUACAUGAUAAGGGCGCUGCUCCGCCCCGGUUGUAAGGAUAACAUUUCAAUGGUGGAGACCAGAAUUGUCACUGUGUUGUUCCCUCUUAAAUAGUCUUGGGAGAAAUUGUAUCUUGCAUAGUGAAAGCAGGAUGCGACUAAUGACCACAUUUACAUAAAUCCAAAUUCGUGGCAAAUUAUUUGCAUAUUUUCUGUCCUGCUCUGUGGAUUCUGUGUUAGUUUGUUUCACUCGUUUGCAUCCUGUUCUCGUAUUAAGGACGUUUGUGUACAAAGUUUCCGAACUUGUAUUCACGGUAAAAAAUGGAGCUACAUUUGACAGAGAGAUGCAACCUAUAUGCAGGGGGUGAGAUGGGUAAUGGUGCUGUUAACUUAAAGUGUGUGGGUGUGUGUGUGUGUGGGUGAGCACAGUUUCAGCCUUAACAAAUAGCUAGACCUGUAAUCAAGAGGCCUUUCCUGUCAUUGCAAGCUUGUCUCGUCUCCCCCCCACAUUGCCCCGUGUUUAAUGUCAAUGUAAAGUCGUUCUCAAAGGUGCUUCUGCGGUCUGUAUGGUACGAUUGUCAUCUCUCAAGCAAGCGAUGUCUGUGCGUGUGAAAGACACACCCAUGUCAGUGUACAUACAGUGUAACAAUGCAGGUCUAAUUUAUGUAAAUAUGUUUUAAAAUAUGUACAAUAUUUAAAUAAAGAAUCUAGUAUUUAUACUAAA